CCCGCCCGACUGACUGACAACACAAAACAACGAAGAUCCAUCCGCUCCUCGGGCGUCGGACCAAUUCUGCCACAGAGAAGGAGAGGAGGAAGGACUAUGUUAGUUUAGUGCUGCUGGGGACUGUUACGAGUGUGUAACAUGCUGACUAGAUCAGGUUGCUGAGGGUGAGAGGUGAGAGUUGAAGGGUCGGCAGCGCAGCAGGCAUGCAGAGCAUUAAGUGUGUAGUGGUGGGCGACGGUGCCGUAGGGAAGACCUGUCUGCUCAUCUCCUACACAACCGGAGCCUUCCCUAAGGAAUAUAUACCCACCGUGUUUGACAAUUAUAGCAGCCAGGUGACAGUAGACGGGCGCUCCAUCAGUCUGAACCUGUGGGACACGGCAGGUCAGGAGGAGUACGACCGUCUGAGGACCCUGUCCUACCCUCAGACCAACAUCUUCAUCAUCUGCUUCUCCAUCUCCAGCCCCGCUUCCUAUGAGAACGUCAAACACAAGUGGCACCCAGAGGUGUCCCACCACUGCCCCGGUGUGCCUGUCCUCCUGGUAGGCACUAAGAGCGACUUGCGUAACGAUGAGGAGACCCAGCGCAAGCUGAAGGAGCAGAGCCAAUCUCCUGUCACUCAUCACCAGGGGGCGGGACUGGCCCGUCAGAUCCAAGCCGCCCGCUACCUGGAGUGUUCCGCCCUCAACCAGGAUGGGAUCAAAGAGGUGUUCGCUGAGGCCGUCCGAGCCUUCCUCAACCCCCAGCACACCACCAGCAAGAGGUCCUGUAGGCUACUGUAGAGAGAGAGAGAGAGAGAGAGAGAGAGAGAGAGAGAGGAGGGGAAGGAGAGAGGGGGGGGGGUUGGGGAGAUAGAGAGGAAGAGUAAAGGAGGGGUAAAAAGACUGAUGUUCGCUGAGGCCAUCCGAGCCUUCCUCGGCCCCCAGCACACCACCAGCAAGAGGUCAAGACGGGGAAAGAAGGGUGGUUAGCUAGAUGAAGAGACAGAAGGGGGUGGGCAGUUGAAACUGAAAAACUUACUGCAACAAUGGAAAUAAUAGGAAUGUACAUGACUAUGGUAGAAUAAUUCAGUUACAUGUAAAUAUGACAGGAGAACAGUAUUCUCUUUUCCCCCAGUGACCGACGAGCCUUACUAUUGGGAAGAGGGAGGGGCAACUGCACUCUGCAAAUGACGAAUUACAGUGAUCUGUUAUCAUGGACACUUGGGCAGUUCUGAUAGGCCAGAGCAGUGUCACUCAACGGCUUUACCAGAGACUGAUUGGUCUGUGAUGGUGGCGUCUACUUUCUCUUCCCACUCCCUGACCCUCAACUCUUUUCCUCUUAUUCCAGCUUUAGAGCUCAGUAGAAACCCAACUAAAGCAUAUGUAAAGCAUAUUGAGAAAUAUCAUGAUGAGCCAUGCCUCUUUCAAUUCCUAGAAAAGAGCCUUUAAUAUUUGUUUGUUUGUAAAUCAAAAAUGUGCCCUGUGUGUUGACACUGGCUGCCUCUGUUCAGGCCAGAGGUUAGAGGUCGCAGAUGAAGCUGGGGAGCUGAGAGGUUGUGUCCCAAAAGUUGUGAAACCUUUUUUCCACGACCGCUGAUCUUCCUUCAUAUCUUCCCUUAUAUCAUAUCCCCUCCUGAGUUGUAUACUACGAAGCAAGCUAGAUCUACUCAGGCUUUUAUAACGCUAGCCAGCUUCAGUUAGCUUCACAUUCCAGAUCAGGCUUUUAUAAAGCUAGCCAGCUUCAGUUAGCUUCACAUUCCAGAUCAGGCUUUUAUGAAGCGCCUACUUCAAUUAGCUUCACAUUCCAGGUCAGGGUUUUAUGAAGCUAGCCUACUUCAAUUAGCUUCACAUUCCAGAUCAGGGUUUUAUGAAGCUAGCCUACUUCAAUUAUCUUCACAUUCCAGAUCAGGGUUUUAUGAAGCUAGCCUACUUCAAUUAGCUUCACAUUCCAGAUCGGGGUUUUAUGAAGCUAGCCUACUUCAAUUAGCUUCACAUUCCAGGUCAGGGUUUUAUGAAGCUAGCCUACUUCAAUUAGCUUCACAUUCCAGGUCAGGGUUUUAUGAAGCUAGCCUACUUCAAUUAGCUUCACAUUCCACAUCAGGCUCGUACUACUACGGUGGAUAUUGCUCGUCCGCCUGCCGCUAACUCUAGCAGGCUGGUUACUGCGCGUGCAUGUCGCACAUGGCUAGUCGAAUGCCAAACUGGUCAUUGAGACAAUGCUGAAACAUCAAUCUAUGGGCGAGUCAGUGCCACACUAUAAUUUGUGCCGAAAUGUAGAAGUGCCAUCUUUAUUUGAUUAUUUAUCGUUAAUUCUACUUUUGUUGUGCUUUUGUGUGCUCAUCAAUGCACGAGCACCUAUCUGUAGAACCGCUUGUUGCGUCUUGGCCACAGACAUAUAAUCCAUAGCAGGGUUUUGGAACCUCUAAACCUGGCAAUUUGACUGUUACACUCACGGUAACCUAACGUAAGCAGGCAUAAAAGAAACACCUGAAACUAGAUCCCCUACAUACUGGCCUCGACGAGAAGAAAAAAAGGUCAUUUUCUGCAAUGUUCAACCAAUCCAGUAAAUAUGGAGGAGGUGUUAAGAUGGGGUGUCAUGCUGUUAAUGUCUGAAAGCAGAAGUCGCACCACAGGCUCUCUUUCCAUUUCCCCUGAAAACCAGAACCUCCAGUUGUUGGGGACUCCACAGAGGCUACAUACACUAGCAACGGCUGCCAGUUUUCACUUGAAUGGGAACUGCCAUCUAUGGAUUAUGGUUGGUUGCCUUUCGCAAAUUUCAAAAUACAAUUGCACAAAAAAACAUACCGUUUGGAAAGCAAGUACUGUCAUUACUAAAUGUGUCAUGUGAUAGGUGUUACAAAUAUAUAUAUUUACACACAAAAAAAACAUUUUAUUAAUAUAUUUAACCAAUCGUCUUCCUCAAAUGAAGGGGAUAAUGACCCAAUCUUUGCGAGAGGGAGGGUAUCUGAUUUCAUUGGUCCUCAUGGCUCAGACACUUCAUUCAGGAUAAAUGGAGUUAGCCCUGAGUUAGCCUUCAGGUUAGACACAGCUUGAGUCCAGUCUCUUUGCUACAGGAAGUAAUCCUUCUACUGAGGUUCACAAUGAGACAGGGAGCCAUUUCCACUUCCCCCCUCACUUCCUGUCUGCCUGUAUACCUUCCAGACCAUUCCAACAGUAGAAUCUUUAGACCACCCUUGCCCCCCCCCCCCUCCUUUUCAUCCGCUCUUCUCCCCUCCCUCCCUCACCUCUCCUUUCCCCUAUUCUCCUACCAUCUGCCUCCACUCCCUGUUCCUUUCACCCUCUCUCCUCUUUCCCCACAUCUCCUACCCUCUGCCUCCACUCCGUUCCUAUCCUCCUCUUUCCCCUGUUCUCCUACCCUCUGCCUCCACUCCCUGUUCAUUUCACCCUCUCUCCUCUUUCCCCACAUCUCCUACCCUCUGCCUCCACUCCGUUCCCAUCCUCCUCUUUCCCCACCUCUCCUUUCCCCUGUUCUCCUACCCUCUGCCUCCACUCCCUGUUCCUUUCCUCCUCUCUCCCCACCUCUCCUUUCCCCUGUUCUCCUACCCUCUGCCUCCACUCCCUGUUCCUUUCCUCCUCUCUCCCCACCUCUCCUUUCCCCUGUUCUCCUACCCUCUGCCUCCACUCCCUGUUCCUUUCCUCCUCUCUCCCCACCUUUCCUUUCCCCUGUUCUCCUACCCUCGGCCUCCACUCCCUGUUCCUUUCCUCCUCUCUCCCCACCUCUCCUUUCCCCUGUUCUCCUACCCUCUGCCUCCACUCCCUGUUCCUUUCCCCUGUUCUCCAACCCCAUGCCUCCCCUCACCUCUUAACGUUACUUCCUUCUCCUCCCCUCCCCAUUAUAUUCCACAAGGGCUGUGCUUGAAAGUCAUUUAUGUAUAAUAUUUAUCAAACCUGUAAUGUAAUAUGUGUUUAACAUGAUUGAAUAUAUAUAUAUAUAUAUAUAUAUAUAUAUAUUUAAAUAUUUCAGUGACCAUGCAAUGUUAAAAAAGUCAAAUGCCAGGCAUUGUGUAAACUGAGAAAAUUUAACAUUCAGACUGUCUUAAUUUGAUAUAAACUGAGAAUAAAAUCAUGUUACAAUCCUGACCGCCAUCCUGUCUUUUACAAUAUUGGAGUCAGAAAGAUAUAUUCUAAUUCAUCUUCUAUGGUUGGAUUUUUUAAAGUAAUUUUUAGUGAGUGUGUGUGUCUCUCUACUUUUUACUCCAAACCCUUCAGUUUAAGGCCCAACCUGUCCAGUCUUACUUUACCUACUCUAACAACCCUAAUCUCUCAUGGACAUAUGCACAUAACAUAAACAGCAGUAGCAUCUGGCGACAGAGUGGGAUGCAAAAACUAUACCGAUUUUUUGACACUGAUCAUUUGGACAAAUCACAAUUUCACAGGCGCUCGCAUCUUGGGACAUUUGGCCCAUAGACUUACGCGAAACUCACUGUCAGUUUCCGUUUAGAGUUGGGGAGACAUUGAACUAACACGUUUCCUUCCAAAAUUGAAACAAGCAUCUGAUGCAAUUAAUUACACAAGAUUGUAUUUCUGGGUGUCCGAGAUUAAACAAGCUCCAAAAGUAUCUGUACGCCAGAGCUAAAUGAUACAAUGACUGAGGUUAAAGUGCAGCGUUAGAGGCAGGCGGACGAGCAAUACCCACCAAUCACCGUCGUAGUACGAGCCUGAUAUGGAAUGUGAAGCUAACUGAAGUUGGCUAGCUUCAUAAAAGCCAGGGGAGGUUAGCAUUUUAUAUCAUACCCCCAAGACAUGCCAACAUCUCACCAUUUCAAUAACAGGGGAGGUUAGCAUUUUAUAUUAUACCCCCAAGACAUGCUAACAUCUCACCAUUAUAAUAAUAGGGGAGGUUAGCAUUUUAUAUCAUACCCCCAAGACCUGCCAACAUCUCACUAUUAUAAUAACAGGGGAGGUUAGCAUUUUAUAUCAUACCCCCAAGACAUGCCAACAUCUCACCAUUAUAAUAACAGGGGAGGUUAGCAUUUUAUAUUCUACCCCCAAGACAUGCCAACAUCUCAUAGUUAUAAUAACAGGGGAGGUUAGCAUUUUAUAUUCUACCCCCAAGACAUGCCAACAUCUCAUAGUUAUAAUAACAGGGGAGGUUAGCAUUUUAUAUCAUACCCCCAAGACAUGCCAACAUCUCACCAUUUCAAUAACAGGGGAGGUUAGCAUUUUAUAUUAUACCCCCAAGACAUGCUAACAUCUCACCAUUAUAAUAAUAGGGGAGGUUAGCAUUUUAUAUCAUACCCCCAAGACCUGCCAACAUCUCACUAUUAUAAUAACAGGGGAGGUUAGCAUUUUAUAUCAUACCCCCAAGACAUGCCAACAUCUCACCAUUAUAAUAACAGGGGAGGUUAGCAUUUUAUAUUCUACCCCCAAGACAUGCCAACAUCUCAUAGUUAUAAUAACAGGGGAGGUUAGCAUUUUAUAUUCUACCCCCAAGACAUGCCAACAUCUCAUAGUUAUAAUAACAGGGGAGGUUAGCAUUUUAUAUCAUACCCCCAAGACAUGCCAACAUUUCACCAUUACAAUAACAUGGGAGGUUAGCAUUUUUGGAGAGGUAUGAUAUUUAUGCCACAUUUUUUGCAGUUUUACUAGUGCUUUAUUGCAAACAGGAUGCAUGUUUUUGAAUAUUUGUAAUCUGUAAAGGCUUCCUUCUUUUCACUCUGUCAUUUAGGUUGGUAUUGUGGAGUAACUACAAUGUUGUUGAUCCAUCCUCAGUUUUCUCCUAUCACAGCCAUUAAACUUUUAUAAAGCCAC